CCGAAAUCCUAAAAUCAAAAUUCUAAAUCCCUAAAUACCUAGCGACCAGAAGAACGACUGAGCGACUCCGCCAAACACUCCGACGACGCUACGAAUCUGCGAAUUUGGUGUAGGAAUGUUGAAGUUGCAUCUUUCAAUAAUUCGAGUUUGGGUGCAAUGACAGAUUGUAUUAGCUAGUAGUUGGAUGAAUGCACAUUGUUGAAAUGUCGACCUCAAUUCCAGUCAAUCCUGUUGAUAAUAUCCAUAUGGCUGGAGAAGACAGAAUUAGUGAACUCCCCGUGGGUAUACUUGACAAUAUUUUGGGAUUUUUGCCGAUUCAAGAAGCUGCUAGAACUGUGAUUUUAUCUUCCUCCUGGAAGGAUAUCUGGUUUAGUCUGACAAAGCUCAACUUUUGCCAUGGUUUUUUUGAUUACAUAUGUCUUAAAUAUUCCGAUGCUGAAGGUUGGAAGUCGGAUUCUCAAUCUCCUAUUUGGGAAGUAAUUAACAAAAUUCUCAUGCAGCACAAUGGACCUAUUCAGAAAAUUGUCUUCGACUUUUCUGAAGAAGUAUUUGUAUUCCAUUCCCCUGAAGAAUUUGAUUUUUGGGAUAUAUCUAAGUUGUUGUCGUACAACUUGAAUCAGUGGUUUCUUCUUCUCACCCAGAAUGGUGUUGAAGAAAUUGACAUUUCUUGUUUUAGAGAGACAAAAUGCCAGGUGCCGAAUUGCUUACUUUCUUGCCCAACACUGAAGAAAUUGAAACUUGAAAAUGUCGAUGUUGAACCAAUAAAUGACUAUUGUAUACUUCCGAAUGUUACAUCACUUUCUCUUCGGUAUGUUGACUUUAAUCCUACAACUUGUUCGGAUUAUGGUGUUUAUCUUCCUAUGCUAGAGGAUCUCUCAUUUGAUCAAUGCGAUAAGAUAUUUUAUUUUAACAUUGUUGCACCAAAGCUUGGUAGUUUGGAGAUCUCCCUGCUCGAGUAUUCUCCUUAUUUAAAAAAAAAAUUUGGAGUUCUGCCGCCUAACUUGGACUUGAGAUCUAUAUCAAGAUUUGAUUUGAUUUGUUCCCCCUGUUGCUUUGAGGUGCUUAUUAAAGAACAUAUUAGAGUUGGACAUGCACCUGCACUAAACUUUGAACUCCUCAAGCUAAGUGUAGCAACUUGUAGAUUUACGCCAGAAUAUAUAAAUAAUUCUGCAUUCAUAAAUCUGCUGCGAGCAUGCCCAAAAUUAUGCGAACUUGAUAUAUGGCAUCUAGAGCCAUUGAAUUUAAAUCCAGAGGAUUUUGUGCUUAUGGAGGAACUCAGCAGUGUGGCUCAAACACUGAAAAUGCUUCGCACUUUGAAGUUUAGCCGUUUUUUUGGGUUGACGUCUGAAGUGCAGACUAUUAAGGCGUUACUAGCUUGCUUUCCAGGAAUUAAGAAGGUUUUCAUUGUUCGAGGGUUGAUUAGCUCUGAUGAAGAAUUUAAAAUUAUGCAGAAACUUUUAGACUUCCCUCGUGCCUCUACAGAAGCAGAAUUUUUUUACAUAGAGGAAUUUUAAUUUUAUGCUGUUUCCUUAGUAUGUAAGUUCUGUAUUGUGUAAUGGUUUGUGAGAUUGCUUAUUAGGUUUGAAUGUACUAUCACAACUGAAGUUGGGCUUUAACGGUUUGUUUCCGGUAUUAUAUUAACUACUAGUAUUUUCACCUGUGCGAUGCACGGAAUGGAUUAUAUAAAUUAUAACAUCAAAUAUUAUAUAGUGCAAUUGAAGAUAUAUUUUGGA